UAGCCAUUAGACCAUUCAAGAAAUUUUCUUCAACGAUGAGAUUGUGCUUCCUUGUGCUGAGCUGCGUGAUAGCAGCUAGCGCCUGGCCCGUUGACCAAGUUUCGGUUCGAGUUCAUGGUGUCAACGGAUGGUUUGUCCCUCAAAAGGAGGGCGGCCUAAGAUGGAUUGGCAAAACGGAGGGAGAGCGCCAAUUAGAAUAUUACGAGGCUCAGGAGGCGUUGGAAGGUCGUUGGUCCACCAACACGGUCAAGUUUUACCUCUACACACUCCAGAAUCCCAGCACUGGACUUGAGAUUAAGGCCACUAAGGAUUCUAUCGAUGCCUCAUUUUUUAAUCCCGAAAAUCCAACUAUAAUUACAAUUCACGGCUGGAACUCAAACUACAAAGAUGGUGUGAACACCAGGAUAGCCGAAGCCUGGUUCCAGUACGGUGACCACAAUAUGAUUGCAGUGGACUGGUCCCGUGGACGUUCCUUGGAGUACGCCACCUCAGUGGCCGCAUGCCCAGGAGCUGGAAAGAAAAUCGCAGCACUUGUGGAUUUUCUGGUGCAGGAAUACGGCAUUCGUCUGGACACUCUGGAAGUAGUUGGCUUCAGUUUGGGUGCCCAUGUGGCUGGACAAACGGGAAAGCAGGUGACCACCGGAAAGGUGGGCAAGGUAGUGGGCUUGGACCCGGCCUCUCCCUUCAUCAGUUACUCCAAUACUGAAAAACGACUGCACAGCGAUGAUGCCGUGUAUGUGGAGUCUAUCCAGACCAACGGCGCCCUCUUGGGCUUCUCCGAGCCAAUCGGUAAGGCUGCCUUCUACAUGAACGGAGGUAGGAUCCAGCCAGGUUGUGGAAUCGAUCUAACUGGCAGUUGCUCGCACACCAAAGCUGUGCUGUACUACGUAGAGGCACUGCUGUGGAACAACUUCCCUUCGAAGAAGUGCGAGUCCUACCAUGAUGCCAAUAAGAACGCCUGUGGCGAUCAAUACAGUUCUAUCUUGAUGGGUGCUAUAAUAAACACAUUAGUAGCUGAGGGUAUCUUCUAUGUUCCGGUAAACAAAGAAUCUCCGUACGGAGUUGGAGAAAUUAACAAUGGUGGCGGAACGUCAGCGCCUCCUGUGACUACCACAGUGGUUUCAACAACAACCAAGAAACCCGAAGAGACCUCUACUACAGCCGAAGAACCAGAAACGACAACCGAGGAGCCCGAAGAAUCCUCUUCAACUACCAAAAAACCUGAAGAAUCCUCCACUACAACCGAGGAACCAGAAGAGUCGACCGCUGCUCCAGUGGAGUCCACAACCGAAGAGCCCGAGGAGGACUCUACAACAUCCAAAAAACCUGAAGAUCCCACUACAACCGAGGAACCGGCAGAGACGACUGCUGCUCCAGAGGAAUCGACAACCGAAGAGCAAGAGCAGGACUCUACUACAACCAAAAAACCUGAAGAUCCCACUACGACCGAGGAGCCAAAAGAGUCGACUGCUGCUCCAGAGGAAUCGACAACCGAAGAGCCCGAGGAGGAAUCUACAACAACCAAGAAACUUGAAGAUCCCACUACGACCGACGAGCCGGAAGAGUCGACCGCUACUCCAGGGGAGUCCACAACCGAAGAGCCCGAAGAGGACUCUACAACAACCAAAAAACCAGAAGAACCCACUACAACCGACGAACCAGAAGAGUCGACCGCUGCUCCAGAGGAGUCCACAACCGAAGAGCCCGAGGAGGACUCUACAACAACAACAAAACCUGAAGAUCCCACUACGACCGACAAGCCAGAAGAGUCGACAGCUGCUCCAGAGGAGUCCACAACCGAAGAGCCCGAGGAGGACUCUACAACAACCAAAAAUCCUGAAGAUCCCACUACAACCGACGAGCCAGAAGAGUCGACCGCUGCUCCAGAGGAGUCCACAACCGAAGAGCCCGAGGAAGACUCUACAACAACAACAAAACCUGAAGAUCCGACUACGACCGACGAGCCAGAAGAGUCGACCGCUGCUCCAGAGGAGUCCACAACCGAAGAGCCCGAGGAGGACUCUACAACAACAACAAAACCUGAAGAUCCCACUACGACCGACAAGCCAGAAGAGUCGACAGCUGCUCCAGAGGAGUCCACAACCGAAGAGCCCGAGGAAGACUCUACAACAACAACAAAACCUGAAGAUCCGACUACAACCGACGAGCCAGAAGAGUCGACCGCUGCUCCAGAGGAGUCCACAACCGAAGAGCCCGAGGAGGACUCUACAACAACCAAGAAACCUGAAGAUCCGACUACGACCGACGAGCCAGAAGAGUCGACCGCUGCUCCUGAGGAGUCCACAACCGAAGAGCCCGAGGAGGACUCUACAACAACCAAGAAACCUGAAGAUCCGACUACAACCGACGAGCCAGAAGAGACGACCGCUGCUCCUGAGGAAUCCACAACCGAAGAGCCCGAGGAGGACUCUACAACAACCAAGAAACCUGAAAAUCCCACUACGACCGACGAGCCAGAAGAGACGACCGCUGCUCCAGAGGAGACCACAACCGAAGAGCCCGAGGAGGACUCCACAACAACCGACGAACCAGAAGAGACGACCGCUGCUCCCGAGGAGUCCACAACAGAAGAGCCCGAGGAGGACUCUACAACAACCAAAAAACCUGAGGAUCAAACUACGACCGACGAGCCGGAAGAGUCGACCACUGCUCCAGAAGAGUCCACAACCGAAGAGCCCGAGGAGGACUCUACAACAACCAAAAAACCUGAAGAUCCCACUACGACCGACGAACCAGAAGAGACGACCGCUGCUCCAGAGGAGUCCACAACCGAAGAGCCCGAGGAGGACUCUACAACAACCAAAAAACCUGAAGAUCCCACAACAACCGACGAACCAGAAGAGACGACCGCUGCUCCAGAGGAGUCCACAACCGAAGAGCCCGAGGAGGACUCUACAACAACCAAAAAACCUGAAGAUCCCACUACAACUGACGAACCAGAAGAGUCGACCGCUGCUCCAGAGGAGUCCACAACCGAAGAGCCCGAGGAGGACUCUACAACAACCAAAAAACCUGAAGAUCCCACUACGACCGACGAGCCAGAAGAGUCGACAGCUGCUCCAGAGGAGUCCACAACCGAAGAGCCCGAGGAGGACUCUACAACAACCAAAAAACCUGAAGAUCCCACCACAACCGACGAACCAGAAGAGACGACCGCUGCUCCAGAGGAGUCCACAACCGAAGAGCCCGAGGAGGACUCUACAACAACAACAAAACCUGAAGAUCCCACUACGACCGACAAGCCAGAAGAGUCGACAGCUGCUCCAGAGGAGUCCACAACCGAAGAGCCCGAGGAAGACUCUACAACAACAACAAAACCUGAAGAUCCGACUACGACCGACGAGCCAGAAGAGUCGACCGCUGCUCCAGAGGAGUCCACAACCGAAGAGCCCGAGGAGGACUCUACAACAACAACAAAACCUGAAGAUCCCACUACGACCGACAAGCCAGAAGAGUCGACAGCUGCUCCAGAGGAGUCCACAACCGAAGAGCCCGAGGAGGACUCUACAACAACCAAAAAACCUGAAGAUCCCACUACAACCGAGGAUCCAGAAGAAACUACUACUGAUGCUCCAGAAGAUUCGACAACCGAAGCACCCGAGCUCCCUACAACUACAAAAAAACCCGAGGAGGCCCCAACAACAAUAGCACCAGAUGUGUCGACUACCGCUGAUCCAGUAGAUGAAGAAACGACGACCGAAGAGCCUGAGGAGGUAUCCACAACUGGCCCUCCAGUGGUUCCUACGACGACCCCUAGACCCAAUGAGCUUCCUUCCACACCUCCAGAAGUUUCGUCAACAACUUCUUUGCCCAUCGAGCGCCCUUCAACAACUGAGGGGCCGCCCGAAGUUCCCAACACAACCUGGGCUCCGGAAGUUCCACCAACUAACCCACCUAAACCCCCUCCGGGCACAAAGAACAUUUUCAUCUUUAACGUCUUUUUGGUGAACGUAAAAAUUGAAAAUCACUAAAUUCACGUCCAUCUGCGGACGAAAAUAAUAGCAAUAAAAUCAAAACAAAAUUGCAUACCAUUAAAAGCUUAACACCAAUAAAAUGAGAGUUGUUUCUUCUAUAUUUUAUCAAGGGGAAUUGACCUAGCUUCUGGAAUGAUUCACAUUGAAUAGUAACAGCGAUCCCAAAUUCCUUGUUAUUUUUCAGGUUUAUCAGUUCGACCAGUUGAUAAUUAUUGAGACAGAGAAC